AUGCCAGGCCCCCUGGGUGGUACCUUGGGCACAUUCUGUUUCGCGAUUUUGCUUUUCGGAAGCGCAUCAGCCCAGAUCUACAACUAUUGGUGGAACUACCCUGACGAACCCCAAUUACAUCGUCAUGCAGUCGCCACUGUAUGGCUCAUUGAUACGGUUCAUACCGCAGUCUGUAUAAUGGCACUAUAUCGCUGGAUGAUCGUCGACUUCAACGAUUAUCAACUCAUUCAGAAUCUAUCAUGGCAAGCCGCUAGUUGUUCCUAUCGUAUUGUUAUGCUUUCCGGUAUUGUGCAAAGGUCUGGUUCUGUAAAUCUUCUAGCACUCAAAUGCACGCAGUUCACUGACCACUUAAUUGAAGGGAGCCGGAAAAACAUCACUUUGUGUGCUACGAUGCUGCUCUUCACAUACAACGAUAUAGGCAAUCAUGUUGAUCGCCCGAGUCGAUUGAAGUUCAAGACGGUCGAUGCAUUUGGUGCGAGCAGAGAGCCCCUCAUCAGCUUGACCUGCGGCCUUGGCUUGGCGACCAUUGUUGACCUCAUGGUGUCCAUCUCACUGGUGUAUUACAGGCUAAAGGUGCCGAGACGUGCUGAUCAGGCGAUGCAUUUUGUUGAGCGCCUCCAAUACUUCGCGAUCAACACCGGGGUUCUCACCAUGUCAGCUUGUCUCCCUGGCGAGUGUAUUGACUGUGUCCUAGAGAUACAAGCCAAAUUGUACACGAACUCCUUCAUCGCGACCAUGUCAGAACAUGCGACCAUACGCACAGAAGCAAGCGAGGCCAAAGAGCUCGAUCUGGCAAGUCGCAUGCAGGGGCAGCCCAACACCAAUCCCAGCGCACGCCGCGCCACGCGCCACCGGCCGAAAAGCAAGUUCGCGGGGGAGGAUCUGUUCACCAUCACAAAUGACAUCCCUCCCACCCCCUCUCCGAUCUCGUCGAUCGGCCGUGCCGACGGCGCAGAUGCAGAGGCCGAUCCAAAGGCCACGUCGUUCCUGCACAUGGAGAACGGACAUGAAGCUAACACAUUAUCCGACGCGAAGGCGCAGGCCCUGUUGUGA